AUGUGUGUGUGUGUCAUCCUUGCAAUGACUGGCCAUGCGAGUGUGAUCUGUGUGCUUGCAGAGGGCGCGGCUCCCGGGCUGGAGAGGAAAGUUGCCGUUCUUCCAGAACAUCCCCGCAGCAAGGAUCUUGCUGCAGCUCUCCAGCACAACAAAGCCAUCACCACCCUCGACUUGUUCGACAACGGAAUCGAUGAUGAGGGUGGGAAGGCUCUUGCUGAAGCUCUCCAGCACAACAGCACCUUAAUCAGCCUCAACUUGCCGUUGAACGGAAUCGGUGCUGAGGGUGGGAAGGCUCUGGCUGAAGCUCUCCAGCACAACAGCAUGUUGUGCACCCUCAACUUGAAGUACAACGACAUCGGUGAUGAGGGUGGGAAGGCUUUCCUGAAGGCCCUGAGGCAGAACGCCACGGUCACCAACCUAAACUUGCAUAAGAAUGGAAUCAGUGAGGAGAUUUUGAAGCAGGUAGAUCGGGCGCUUGCGCUGCUUGCGCGAAUCGGGGGGAGGACCAGGAACACCUGGUGA